AUGGGGUUUCUGCUGUCAUGCAGACACGCGUACACAGAGGGGAUUGACGUGCUCUACUCUACCAACUGCAUCAGCAUCGAGAGUGAGCCCCUGCUUCUUCACCUACCUCAGCUUCUUCCUUCAAACAGGCUCGCAUCAAUCACUUCUCUUGAGAUGCUUAUCAGGGCGCAUCGAGUUGGGCAUGCUGACGGGAGUUCAUCCUUCAGUAUGGAUCACCUGAAGCCGAUGCUUGACCAUGUCGCCAUGCUCUGCCACCACCUCCGUGGGCUCUGCUUGUCAUUUGUUGUUGACAGCGACUGCUGCGAGAUUCUUGAUGGCCCAACACUGCCGCUAGUCGAUUCCUUCUACACGUCCAAGCCGUUGCGAAACAUGAGAGUGGAGCUACCAACUGCCGACUACAGACCAGCAUGUAGAUCAUGUGUUAUUGGCGACCAUCCCGAUGAAGCGCGCACCAAUCAUAAGCAGGAACGAUCGCUCUGGAGAUCUUUGGAUGACGAGAAACCAAGAACGCAGAACAGAAGUAUCGAGCGCUAUCCUUAUCCCCCACUGAAACUGCCGGCGGCACAUGGGGAGGAGAUCAGAGAGAGCCAAGGAUACUGGCUAUGUGAAGGUGAUCGUGGGCCAGAACCGCCGCUGAUAAUGUGUCAUGUACCGUAG